AUGGGGUCGAAAGCCUCCAAGCCCGUCCAGUCGGCGACGCGCAAGUUCCCAUCCAGAACUCCCGGCAGCGCCGUGCCGCCGCCUCCACGACCGUCUGCCCGGAAUCCCGAGCACCAAGCCUCGUUCACGAAGGACAAUGCCAUCCGCGCCGACGGGCAAGACCCGGACCCCAUGACCAACCCAGCCUUCUCAGCGCGCCUACGACAAAUGGGCGUAGCUACACCGAACCCAACGCUCUCGAACUCGUCGACAGCAAAUCCACAACCACAUCCCACAACCCAAUCACAGUCGCGAUCAUCGCCCAUACCCGGCGCCCAUUACCCAUCCUCCUCACAAAACCGGACGCUGAACGCGCUGGAGGCGCGCCAGCGGCUGCAGGAGCAGGCGCGCACCGAGUCGGAGACCCCGGGCAUCGGGCGCGAAUUCCUGGACAUCGGCACGCUGAAGCAGAUCCUGGUGCUGAGGGCGCGCGGCACCCCGGCGCCGGACAUCGAGAGGAGGCUGAGGCUUAAGAGCGGUGUUGUUGGCAGGAUUGGGCCCGAGGGUGUGGUGCUGCCUGUUACGACUGGGUGA